AAGUAUUUUUUCAGUUCACUUCUUGACAGUUUCGUAGUUUUAUCAAGAGAUUAGUGAAAUUAAUGUAUUUAAUAAAUUUCUUUAGAUUAUAAGUAUAACAACAAUUAAUUUAUUGUAUUUUUUUUAAUGCGUUGUAUUUUUUAAAAAGAAAAAUGGAUGAAUCUGUUAAUGCCCAUUUGAAGCAAUUUGUCUGUGACAGUAAUACAGUGUUAGAUUUAAAGUUAAUUCGUGAAGCAAAAGAUAUUGAAGAUGAUGAAAUAUCAUUUGAACCAGAAAUGUCACAUCAAGUAUUUGGCGAUAGUGAAACUAUAUUUGGAUAUCGAGAUUUAAAAGUGAAAUUGUACUAUUCCGCUGGAUGUCUGGAAACAUAUUUAGGAAUGGAUUAUUCAGAAAAAUUUCGUGAUUCAAAUAAUGAAGAUAUCAAACCGGAUAAUGUUUUGCAAAUGAUGUCAUUGGUUCUCUCCUCACAAGUUCAUUACAAUUUGGAUUCCUUUGUCAAGUCACUUGAUAAAGACGAUACUUUUGUACCUUGUGGAAAAUUGAUACACGCAUUUUCCAUAGAAAGUGAUAAAAAUAUGAGGCAUUUCGAAGUUUAUAAGGCAACUAUGAGUGAUAAAGGAUUCAAAGAAUAUCAAACUCGAUUGCAAACCUUCUUAUUGUGGUACAUUGAUGCUGCAAAUUUUGUUGAUGCAGAUGAUGAUCAGUGGGACUAUUUUAAUAUGUUCGAAAGGUACUUGUCCCCAUCUGGAUCUGUUCGUUAUGCUUCAGUUGGUUUCUCCACAGUUUAUCAGUAUUAUGCUUACCCAAAUCAUACGAGGCCUCGAAUUGCACAAGUUUUAACUUUGCCACCUUUUCAAAACAAUGGCUUAGGAGCGGAAUUGUUAAAAGCCAUUUACGUUCACUAUAUUGGUCGCAAUGAAGUGAAAGAUAUAACAGUCGAAGGGCCUUCGUCAAAUUUUCAAAGAGUACGAGAUUUCGUUGAUGCACAAAAUUGCAGCACUUUACCAAGUUUUCAAAAAGAUUGCUUACUUCAAGGCUUCAAUAAAAUGAUGGCGACUGAAGCAAGAGAUAAAUAUAAGAUCAAUAAGAGACAAGCACGUAGAGUAUACGAAAUUUUAAGAUUGCGCGAAACAAACAUCUCUGAUGAAAAUGAAUAUCGAAAUUAUAGACUUAAUGUGAAGAGAAGAUUAAACAUUCCCUUGAAAAGGGAACAACACGGAUUGAAGAAGGAUCAUAGCGUGAAAUUACCUGACGCAAACAGAAUUCUCUCUGAACCGGAAUAUUGCAUGGAAAUUCUCGAGAAAGAAUUCCGCUUAUUAGAGGAGGAAUACGAUCGAGUUAUCAAGAGAAUGGAGAAUUCAAAUUAAUUAAUUAUUUAAUCUUUUUUCUUCUAUUUUUUAAAAACUAAAUUAAGAAAUAAUUUGUUUUCAAGUUUUUGACAAUUACUUGCAAAAUUAAGUUCGUUAAAAGUCAAUGUUUUGCUUUGUUUUGUAAUUUUGAACGUUAAAAUAAAGUUUUCAUUUUUUUCUAUUAAA